AUGGUUUCGUCGUUUCGUCCCAUCCAGCCUGCUGCUCAGCAGUCGCUACAGCACCAUAACAUCGCGGCGUCUCGCGGCUCGUUAGUCUCCUGCGAGAGGCUCGGCAAGAGAAUCCGCAGCGUGGGGCAGGCCUGCCGUGACUGCCGUCAGAACAAGGUGAAGUGUGAUGGCUGCCGACCUCAGUGUGGCACCUGUACUGCCAAGGGACGACCUUGCCGCUACGAGUCGCCGGUGGGUCAGUCGAGAAGAGCCGCGUUGAAGUCGCGCCUACAAGCAUUGGAGGAGCUCUUCUGUGCCUUGCAGGUCAAAUCUGGCGAGGAAGCGGACCGUUUACUGCAACAAAUCCGCUCGGCCGACGACUUCCGCUCCUUGCUCGACCUUAAGCACGACAUAUCACCGCUUGGCGCCAGCGGCUCCUCCAGCAGCAGUCCAGGGGUCAGCAGUCUCUCGAGUCCUACGACUGGAUCUGAGCAGUCAAUCGGAUCUGUGACUCCAGUGCGGAAAAGCGCAAUUGCCCGUCUCCUCCAGGAAUCACACGUCGGCAACGAUACGCUUGGAAAGGCCCACGUCCCCGCUUCAUCACCGGCACGGAGGGAACUAUCAGCAGACACGUCGACAUUCCUAAUCUCUCUCGUCAUCCCCAGCGCCUCCAUUACACAAGCCGCGAUCGACAGUUUUUUCGGCUCCAGCGGAAAACUAUUCCAUGUCUUCUCCCGCAAACACAUAUCAGGCUGCUAUGAGAAUGUGUUUGGAAGCGAUGGCUGUCCUAUACCAAGUCAGAAGACCGCCAUUUGCUGCCUCGCCGCAGUUGCAGCUGUUGGGGUUCAGUACAACGCCGACGAUUUCGAAUUGGGUACUGAUGGCGUCUUCUACGACGUGGCAAGGCAUUUCCUUGAGAACCUUAUGGAGGAGCAGCCACUCGAUGCAAUUAAAGUCUGCGCGCUGUUAGCCAUGUAUAACAUCAUGAAUAAGGCGACGGUUUCACUUGCUUACAUUGAUGUUGGUCUGAGCAUGUCAAAAAGACAUAAUCUAAAUGACAAGUGUUAUGACUAUCCGGGGCUCUCCCCAGAGGAAUGGGUUGACUAUCGGAGGGCUUGGAGAACAUUAAUCUGGCUUUCUUCAACUCUUGGGUACAUCUCGGGUGGUGGUGUAUCUUUCCGGGAAGUGGCUCCGUUGAUGGACGUGGAAGCCGAUCACUCAUCCGACAUUAGCCACAUUGUCCAAACGGAGAUGACCAAGAUCUCCCUUCUAAACGCCGAUAUUCUGCGGAUGCAUCUAUCCUCCAAGGAAAUGACCAGCCAAGCAAUGGAUUCCAUAGAUAAAGACCUUCAGGACUGGCACAAUCAACUCCCCAGUCAAAUGCAUCUCGCCAAUCUCUGCCGCCAAGAUCUUCCCGUUGAAGCUCGGCGAUCCAUCUUAGCCACUCACCUACUCUAUCUCGGAUGUACAAUGCUGCUCUACCGCCGUAUUGCCUCACAAUUCGCUCGGUCUUCCAGGAUUGACGAUGGGCACGACAUUCCGUGGAAGCCCCUCGAGGAUAGCUUUCUCAGUCAUGCAGAUCAAGCUAUGACAGCCGCAAGACACUCGGCCCGAAUCCUAGGCCUGCUGCGAGCAGAAAAGGGGAUAUUUAAAAAAUGCUGGCUUAUCAUCUUCCAAUCAUACACCUCCUGCGUCUUGCUCCUCCACUCCGUCGCCCAAAAGCAGGUACACCUCUUCCAUCGAUCAUCCUGGGAAGACGACAUCGCACAAGCCCGCAUCUGCCUCGAUAUACUAUCCUUCUGCAGCACCACGGACUCGGUAGCCCUCAAAUUCCAAGACUGCCUCGUCCCUAUCCACGACAAGCUGGCAUCUUACAUUCGCCCCACAACCAGCAUGAGCAUCCCCCCAAAUCCGUCGUCCCUCUCCUACAUCCUCAGAGUUCCGACGACGGCCGAUCCGGAACGCGUCGCCCUGUCUCUAAAUCUGCUAAUAAUCCUGUGCCAGCCAUUUGGCAACGUCGAUAGCAAAGGUGGCUCGAACGACAACCUCGGCGCGCCGGGGCAGAGCUCCCCGGUACAGCACGAGCAGCCGCAGGAGGCUGAGCAGCUUGACUGGAGGCUCGAGAGCAGCCUGCCGUUCCGGUGGGACCCCGAGGACCUCGGGGUUAGUGAGGCGGUGUUGCUGGAGAGCGAUAAUCGGUUCUUGGGCAGUAGUGAGCCGAGUGGAUGGGCCGAGGUCCGGAGUGAAGAUAUUGGGUGGUGAGUUAAAUGUCAUGGCAGGAUGCCAAUCGUUGAGCAUUGAUUUGCCAUCCAAUUACCACAACAGGCUCAUUCCAAGGGCUUUGCGCCGACGUACUGAUCCCUGGUGCCAAUCCCAAUAUCAACUGUUGCUCUCUCCUUCUCCGGUAGCGGCUUCAACCACCUCGUGCUCCACACUGCGAGAACAGUAUGGUCGAC